UUUGUUCGUUGAACAAUAUUGUGAUUUACAUGUGUGUGUUUUGUGGUCGUUUUUGAUCGCAAUUUACCCACAUUCAGUGAAUGUUAAAUAUGUUUCCAGAGGCAGCAGAUGACGAUUCAACAACUGUAGUUUGUCAGAUAUCGGCUCCAGUAUGCUUAAAAGUGGAGCCUGUUGGCCGUUGGUAUCAGGCAUAUAUCAGUCGGCGACAUCACAGACGAACGUUAUCACAUACCGAAGAUUACAAUUCAAGUAGCUCAUCGGAUUAUUCUGAUGAUGAUAUCAUCACUGAAGAUGAAGAUGAAACGUUUUUACUGACACUUGAUCCAAAAGAAUGGAAGAAACAAGACCAUUAUAGAGUUCUUGGACUUGGGCAUCUUCGCUACAAAGCCACGGAUCAACAAAUUAAAAAAGCACAUAAGAUGAAAGUCCUAAAGCAUCAUCCUGAUAAAAGAAAACGUGAAACUCAUGUACCACGAAAGGAUGGGGAUGAUGAUUAUUUUACAUGCAUUACGAAAGCGUAUGAAAUAUUGGGUCAUCGACAAAAAAGAAUAGCUUAUGACAGUGUGGAUCCUGAAUUUGAUGACAGUGUACCAUUUGUCAAUCAAGAUUCUAAAGAUAAUUUCUUUGAAGAAUUCACUGAAGUCUUUGAGAGAAAUUCAAGAUGGUCAACCACAAAGAGAGUUCCCAAAUUGGGUGACAUGAAUUCCUCUAGGUCAGAUGUCAAUCACUUCUAUGGUUUCUGCCAACCACCACAGGAACGUUGUAGGGUAGAACUUACCCUAGCUGACAAAGUCAAGCUUAUCAAGGAUUACGAGUCAACGAAUCUAACUCAACAACAACUUGGCCAGAAGUAUGGCAUCGGGAAAUCUACAGUGACAGACAUCAUAAAGAAAAAGGCAGACUACAUGAAGCAGUUUGAAAAUAACAUCAAUGGAUCCAGACAGCGCAUCAAAACUUCAUCAAAAUUUGAAGAAAUAAAUGGCUUGGUUUGGACAUGGUUUCAGCAGGCUGUGCAAAGCAUAUUCCGAUAUCUGGUCCGAUGUUGCAGGAAAAAGCAUUGUCAUUUGCGUCUGAACUCAGUGUCAAAGCUUCUAACGAAUGGCUUGAAAGCUGGAGAGGGCGUUAUUCGAUUAAAUCGUUCAAAGUCAACGGAGAGAGUGCCGAUAGCCUUGCCUGAUAGAACACUGGGAACAAAAUCAGACGAUUGUAAAGGCGACAAAGUUUCAAAGGAGAGACUUACCGCGUUGUUUACAUGCAGCAUGACUGGAGAGAAAAUAAAACCAUUUAUUAUCGGAAAGGCAGCGAAACCACGCUAUUUUAAAAAUAUUGAUCCAAAAACUUUGCCUGUAUACUGGAAUUCAAAUAAAAAAGCUUGGAUGACAAGUGCCCUAUUUGAAGAAUAUCUCCGUGAUUUAAACAAUCAAAUGCGUCGUGGUUUCAAUCAACUGGACAGUGAAAUCACCGAUGUGGAAGAAGCAGAUGACACAGAAGAGAUGAGAAAUCUUAUCAAUGAAGUCACAGGGCCAGACGUUCAAUGCACCGUUAACGAAUAUCUUAACUUCGAUGACAAUAUGCCGACAGAGGAAACUUAUGAUGGAGAAUGGGAACAGCAGAUUCUAGAAAAUUUUAUUAAAGACAAAGAAAACCAAGACUAUAAUGCUUAUGCUUGUGAUCCAAGAAUUAAAAAAUUCAAAGAUGAUGAGAAAAAAAGAAAAGAAGAUGAAAAAAGAGCAAGGCAAGAAGCAUCAAGAUUAGCAGCUGAAGAAAGAGAAAAAGAAAGACAAGCAACUUUAGAAGCUGAGAGACUAGCAAGAGAAAAAGAGGAAGAGGAAGCAAGAGUUAAGGCACAAGCUGCAAAGAAGGAAAAAGAUGCUUUGAAAAAAGCAAUGAAGAAAGAAAAAAAGAUGUUUAGAGAUACAUGCAAGAAAUACAACUAUUUUACCACAGAUGAUGCAGAGGCUUUAAAACAGAUGCAAGAAAUAGAAAAACUUUGUGAAAAACUGAAUUUAACAAGUUUACAAGAAUUGAAUCAAGCUUUGAAAAGUGGAUCUGAAGAAGAAGCAAAACAAGCAUAUCAUUCAAAGGUACAAUGUGUGAAUGAGGAAAUUGAAAAAGAAAAAAGAGAAAUGUUGCAAAGUAAGAAGUCAACUAGUGGAAAAGGAGGUGGAUCCUCUUCUAAAUGGGAUGAUUGUGAUCUACAGUUGUUAACAAAAGGUGUUAAUUUAUUUCCUGCUGGAACAGGAUCAAGAUGGGAAGUUAUAGCUGGUUUUAUAAAUCAACAUUCAACAUCUGGAAUGACACGAAAUGCUAAAGAUGUGAUCAGUAAAGCUAAAAGUUUACAAAAACUGGAUCCAUCUGUAAAAGAUGCCGCUAACAAGAAAGCUUUUGAUAAAUUUGAGCAAUCUAAAAAUGUGAAAGGAGCUGCUGCUGCAGAGGCUGCUGCCCCAUCAGAAAGAUAUGGUGAGAAUGGAAAACUAGCCGCUGCAUCAGAUGAAGUGAAGGUGGAAACUCCUAAACAGUGGUCGGCUGAGGAACAGAAAUUAUUGGAACAAGCACUGAAAACUUACCCAGCUAGUACAGCAGAGCGAUGGGAUAAAAUAUCAGCAGCUGUACCCACAAGGACAAGGAAGGAAUGUAUGAAAAGAUACAAGGAUUUAGUUGAGAUGGUGAAAGCCAAGAAGGCUGUACAAGCACAAGCUAGUAAAGGCAAGAAAAUCUGAACAGUGUAUCAACCAGUUGAAUUCUACAUGUGUGCUGUGUUGAAUUUGCUAACAUGAAUAAAAUAUAACUCGAUUUUAGUGUACAUCA